CAGAUAGCCAUCCGAGCUUGUUUCCUUGGCUUUGUGUUUGGCUGCGGCAUGCUGCUAAGUUUUAGCCAGUCUUCCUGGAGUCACUUUGGCUGGUCACAUCUAGUGCACCCCACAGCCAGUGUAGGCUUUGUCCCUACACUAUGCUUUCAGUCCCUUGAGCCUUCUAGUCUGACCUGGAUAUGAACCAGUGGCUUCAAGGUAUAUGUGCUCCCUGUCUUUGUUCCACUAUUCUGAAUACUUGGUGACAGCAGUCAAUAAUCCUAAAAGUCUGUCCUUGGAUUCCUUUCUCCUGAAUCACAGCCUGGAGUAUACAGUAGCUGCUCUUUCUUCUUGGAUAGAGUUCACACUUGAAAAUAUCUGUUGGCCAGAACUGAAGCAGGUCACAUGGCUCAGCGUCACCGGGCUGCUGAUGGUGGUCUUUGGAGAAUGCCUGAGGAAGGCAGCCAUGUUUACAGCUGGUUCCAAUUUCAACCACGUGGUACAAAAUGAAAAAUCAGAUACCCAUACUCUGGUGACAGGUGGAGUGUACGCUUGGUUCCGGCAUCCUUCUUAUGUUGGGUGGUUUUACUGGAGUAUUGGAACCCAGGUAAUGCUGUGUAACCCCAUCUGUGGCAUCGCCUAUGCCCUGACGGUGUGGCGCUUCUUCCGUGAUCGAAUAGAGGAAGAAGAAAUCUCAUUAAUUCACUUUUUUGGAGAGGAGUACUUGGCGUAUAAGAAGAGGGUGCCCACUGGCCUGCCUUUCAUAAAGGGAGUCAAGGUGGAGCUAUGAUGGGCAGGGCCCGGUGCCCGGGGGCCUCUGAGCCCUGCAGCCCAGGACCAAACUGCUGCUGUGGAAUGAAUUUCCUUAACCAUUUUAUAUGCCACUACUUACUCUUCUGGACUGUCCCGCAAGGCCAAGUGAUCAGGCUUGAGGACCAAAGCCCCACCGGAGCCGUCUGUCGAGGUGGGACAUGGGUGAGCGAAGAAGGAGAGACAAGUCCCAGCAAUAUCAGCAGUGCCCUCCGCCCGGCCAGUGAGAGCGAGGCCAUGCCCCGUGGUGUGGGAGGGUCAUCCUGGGCUCCUUGGGAGAGGUGGGCUCUGCUCUCCUGUCGAUUCUCCAGGGGCGAGGGGCAGUGGGCAUCAUUGCUCAUGGGUGUCAGACACGCAUUGAAAACCCUGAGGUUAACCGAAAAACACAAACAGCGCAGAUUCACCCCUUUAUUUCCGUCCUUCAGUGCAUGAACAUCUAUAUGGUUUGAAAGAUGCUUCUUGAAAUGACGCUUAGGCUCUUCAUAUACCGAGUCAUAGUUGCAGAUCUAUUUUUACAAGUAGCAGUAUGCAAAGGGGCUCACGUGGCAUUUUUAGCGCCAGCUCUUAAUUUGGCAGCGAGUGAGCAUAGACACCUGCAGACUGUUUGGCUGGUGUGGCUUUGUGACCACGGCCCCUCAGGCCAAGAGGACCGUGGCCACUGGAUUUUCCCAGGGGCCUUGGCUCUUUAUCUCUUGUCAUUGGUGACAGGUCGAAGAAGUAUCACCUUUCUUUGAUCCAAGAAGUGCUUACUGAAUGCCUGCUCGGUGUGAGGUGUUGUUCACCACUGCAAAGCACAGCUCUCCACUCACUGGGCACUUCCUCCGCAUUUCACCAUAGCGUCUAGUGUUUCCGUGUAAACCUGUCAACUUUGGUUUUCCGUGUUCUGUUCUCAGAAUUGCAUUGUCCCUAAUGUCAUUUCAAACUGUUUUCCAAAGGGGUUUGCGCA